GAUGGCUGCGUUUGUGAAGUUGUGCACGAUUAGCGGAACCAUUUCCCGGCAUGUCACUGUCAUGCGGAAAUUUUCAGGUACGGCUAGUCGAUGGGCCGACCAGCCGAUGGUAGGUUUUAUUGGUGUGGGGAACAUGGGCGGUCACAUGGCUCGCAAUCUGCUCAAGAAGGGCUACCCUCUGAUGGUGUACGAUGUCUCACAACAACACAUGGACACGCUCAAGAAAGAUGGAGCUGUACUGGCGUCAAGUCCCGCCGAGGUUGCUGAUCAUGUUACCCGCAUCGUGACGAUGUUACCGGAGAGCGCCCACGUACAGGAAGUGUACACUGGGAAAAACGGACUGUUCAGCAAGGUGAAAAAGCAGACUUUGUUUAUAGAUAGUAGUACAAUAGACCCGGCUGUUUCCCAGGCGAUGGCGGAAGAGGCCACUGAGCAUGGGGCGAUGUAUGUGGACGCACCGGUUUCAGGAGGUGUGAACGCAGCACGUGACGCAGUUCUCACGUUCAUGGUUGGAGGGACGGACAAGGCGUUCACCGACGCUAAGCUGCUGCUCGACUGGAUGGGCAAAAACAUAGUGCAUUGUGGGCCGGUCGGGACAGGACAGGCUGCGAAGAUCUGUAACAACAUGCUGUUGGGUAUUUCUAUGAUUGGAACGUCCGAGGCAAUGAAUCUUGGAAUAAAACUGGGUCUUGACUCGAAGAUGCUGGCGAAGAUUUUCAGUAUGGGGAGCGGCCGCUGCUGGUCGAGCGAGGUCUACAACCCGGUGCCCGGCGUCAUUGAGGGAAUACCGUCAAGCAACGACUACAAGGGCGGCUUCGGGACCGCGCUCAUGACCAAGGACUUGAAGUUGGCGCAGAACGCAGCGAUCGCGACCCAGUCGUCGACCCCGAUGGGCUCUCUCGCCCACCAGAUCUACAGGAUGAUGACCAACCAGGGCUUCGGGGAGAAGGACUUCUCCAGUGCUUACCAGUUUAUCAAGGCAAAACUCUAAAACAUUACUAACUGUAGGAAAAAACAGCACCGCAGAUUGUUAGCCUUGUCAAACUUCAGAUAGGUUAAUAACCUAUUGCUCUUGUUAAACAUUUCAGAUAGGUUAAUGAUCUAUUAGUCUUGUCAAACAUUCAGAUAGAUUAAUAAUAUAUUUGUCUUGUCAAACAUUCAGAUCCAUAGGUUAACAACCUAUUAGUGCUGUCGUAUUUCAGGUAGGUUUGCAGCCUAUUAGUCUUGUCAAACUUCAGAUAGGUUAAUAACCUGUUAGACAUGUCAAACUUCAGAUAGGUUAAUAACCUGUUAGACAUGUCAAACUUCAGAUAGGUUAAUAACCUGUUAGACAUAUCAAACUCAAGACAGAUUAACGACCUAUUGACAUCUUAAAGCUCGGACCAGUUAACGACCUAUUGACAUCUUAAAGCUCAGACCAGUUGACGACCUAUUGACAUCUUAAAGCUCAGACCAGUUGACGACCUAUUGACAUCUUAAAGCUCAGACCAGAUGACGACCUAUUGACAUCUUAAAGCUCAGACCAGCUGACAACUGUUUGACCUUUUUAAACUUCAAACAAGUUAAUAACCUUUUAGUCUUUAACAAAUUUCAAAGAGGAUAACAACCUAGUGACUAUAUUUGCUAAUAUUUCUUUGAUUUACAAUCAGCAUAAUAGUAACUAUUUUGUUUUGUUAGUUUAUACAGAAUACUACUGCAGCAGUUGGUUUAGAGAAUCGCCUGUAUUACAGUUAAGUAUGUCAGAAUACAUUUUAUUGUGGUGCAGUGUAAACAUAUCUUUUGCAAGUCUUAGAAUCUCAGCUCGUUAAUUAUUUAGUAGACAGAGAAUUGUAUUUUUUUAUUUAUAUAUAAUGUAUUCAUUGGUUGUUGCGUAAUAUUCCAGUAACAGACUUGAUGUGUGUGUGUGUUUUAAUACAUCAUUUGAAGCCGCUAUAAACGGAUAUGCAGAAAGAUUUUCCUAUAUGAAUGUGUACAUAUUAAAACUUGGUGUGCCUGGGUAGUUGAUGGGCAUUCAGGGAUUAUUGUUUGUUACCUUUUAUCCCAUUGUCAGUGGCAUAGCGUGGGUUGCAAGCAUCCAGGGCAAGGCAAGUAUUGCGCCCUCUAACCAAUAGCCCAUUAGCACUCCCCGAGUCCCUUCCACCGGUCCAGAAAUUUGCACCCAGGGCAGCCGCCCCGGUGGCCCCAGCCCACGCUACGCCACUGCCCAUUGUCUCUUUACAACAAAUACUCUGCAAUUGUUUUCAUGCUUGUCUGUCUUUUGGGACAAUUUGAAACUGACCCGCAAACAUUUGUUAGCAGAUUUUCGUAUCAUAUACAUCUGUACACUUUUGCUAUACUUCAUCAUGUAUGUUUUUCUUAUAUCAUUUUAUUAUAUCAACAGCGUAUUUGGAAGUUAUAUUCAGGUCAUAUUGCAGUAUUUUAUGAACCCCACACUCUAUAAAAUAGGUUUUCCAUUUAAACGGAUGCAUUAGUGGAAAUAGUCCUAAUCGACUUUUGUUUUCUUUUUCAUAUUUUUGGUAAUUCACCCCUCCCUGUGGACUAUAUUUUGAUAGUGUUUGCUUGUCAUUAAAGAUUUGUUCGUCCCAUAAAGUUUGAUGAUUGUGCCUCAAACAUCACUGGAUAAACAUACUGAAGAAAUAGUAGUGUGUAGUAGUUCAUAUACGGAGAGGCAUAAAUAACACAAUAGGUAUUUCACUGAAUAAUCUCUUAUAGAAAUGUCAAAUCAUAUAUAUUAUGUAUGCGGACAAAUGACAUAUUGGUGACAAUAAGUGAUGGAAGAUUUUGUUUAAAUCCGGGAAAAAAUGGAAUAAAAUGUGUUUGAAGCAAAAAAACAUAACUUGGUGUUUAUUGCAAAACCACAGCAUUGCACAUGAAAAUCUUUAUGCACAUGCUUUAUGCCUGCACUGGUCUCCCUAUGAAAUUAACCAUUAUAUUCAUUUCCUGCCCUUUUUCAAUAUUCCAUGGUAAGUAAUGCUGAAAACAUUCGGUUUUAUUGCAAAAAAUCCUCAAGAUGUAUUUUUUUUUUUGUUUCAAACAGAUUUUAUUUGAGUUUGUUUUCCCAAACGAGAUCUUCUUUCUCUUACAGUUGUUACCAGUAUCUCAUUUGUUCGCAUGUAUAAUAUAUAUGAUAUGACAUUUCUAUAAGAAAAUAACAGUGAAAAAAACAUUGCAUUAUUUAUUCCUUUCAGUAUAAUAAGGAACAGUAAUAAUUAUUAAUUAUGUUAUUUCAAAUUCCAAUUCACUACUAAAUCUCUUGUCCAAUUUGUUCCAGGCAAGCAGUCGAGGUUUUCAAAACGUGCUUAAAGUGAAUAUUCCUCAGUGUUAGUAAAAGGCAGAAGUUACUACUAGUGGCCAUUUAGGUAGUGCCUUGGAGCAGGCCAAUGUUGUUAUUAGCAGAAAACAAUAAUUUGAAUAAUCUCUUUGUUAUAUAAUUUAAUUUAAACAGACUGCACAAACCUGGUUCAUGUUAUGUUUCCUGUUGACCUAUGUAAGAAAUGCUGUUCUUUGUUUGAUUUAGACCUAAUGUCUGGAACAUUGAGUGAAUAAAUACCUUGUCACAUU